AUGUCCGAUCCUCUCAGCGUCAUCUCCGCCAUCGUCGGCAUCCUCGCCGCGGCAGGGAAGGUCGUCGAAGUUCUCGGGCCGUAUGUCUCAGCGGCGAAGGAUACGCCGAAGAUCGCGCGAUCUGUUCAUUCCGAGGUCGUAAACUCCCGCAUCAUAUUUUUGCUGGACAAUCUCAGCAUGGUGCCGAGGAGCAGGACGUUGCUUGUCCCGAUUGACGAUCUGAUCACUGUUUUCACGAACGGUGUUCUCAUCUUUAAUGAACUGGAAGAAUCUGUGUUGAAGAUCACACAAUCUGGAGGUGACCGACUCAUGGCGCGUAUGCAAUGGGUGCGCAGAGAGGGCGACUUCUCUGCAUUUAUUAUUCGACUUCAAGCUUUCAAGGAUACUACUUUGCUGCUUCUCAAUAUUCUUCAAUGGUAA